CCCAGCCAUGAAGGUCCCCAGCCCCAGCGCGCGCGAGGCGGCCUCCAUGUACGGCACCGCGGUGGCUGUCUUCCUGGUCAUCGUUGUGGCUGCGCUGCAGGGCUCGGCCCCCGCUGAGAGCCCCUUCCCCUUCCACAUCCCCCUGGACCCCGAGGGGACCCUGGAGCUGUCCUGGAACGUCAGCUACGCUCAGGAGACCGUCUACUUCCAGCUCCUGGUGCGGGAGCUCAAGGCCGGCGUCCUGUUCGGGAUGUCGGACCGAGGGGAGCUGGAGAAUGCCGAUCUGGUCGUGCUCUGGACUGACAGGGACGGCGCCUACUUCGGGGAUGCCUGGAGUGACCAGAAGGGGCAGGUCCACCUGGACUCCCAGCAGGACUACCAGCUUCUGCGGGCACAGAGGACGCCAGAAGGCCUGUGUCUCCUCUUCAAGAGGCCCUUUGGCACCUGUGACCCCAACGACUACCUCAUCGAGGACGGCACCGUCCACCUGGUGUAUGGACUCCUGGAGGAGCCGCUCCAGUCCCUGGAGGCCAUCAACACCUCCGGCUUGCGCACGGGGCUGCAGAGGGUGCAGCUGCUGAAGCCCAGCAUUCCGCAGCCGGCCCUGCCCGCGGACACGCGCACCAUGGAGAUCCGCGCCCCCGACGUGCUCAUCCCCGGCCAGCAGACCACGUACUGGUGCUACAUCACCGAGCUCCCAGAUGGCUUCCCCCAGCACCACAUCGUCAUGUAUGAGCCCAUCGUCACCGAGGGCAACGAGGCACUGGUACACCACAUGGAGGUCUUCCAGUGCGCCGCCGAGUUCGAGAGCGUCCCCCACUUCAGCGGGCCCUGCGACUCCAAGAUGAAGCCGCAGCGGCUCAACUACUGCCGCCACGUGCUGGCCGCCUGGGCCCUGGGCGCCAAGGCCUUUUACUACCCAGAGGAAGCUGGCCUGGCCUUCGGGGGGCCCGGCUCCUCCAGAUUUCUCCGCCUGGAAGUUCACUACCACAACCCGCUGGUGAUUAAAGGCCGGCGCGACUCCUCGGGCAUCCGCCUGUACUACACGGCCACGCUGCGGCGCUUCGAUGCGGGCAUCAUGGAGCUGGGCCUGGUGUACACGCCCGUGAUGGCCGUCCCCCCACAGGAGACGGCCUUCGUCCUCACCGGCUACUGCACAGACAAGUGCACCCAGCUGGCCCUGCCCCCCUCGGGGAUCCACAUCUUCGCCUCGCAGCUCCACACGCACCUGACGGGCCGGAAGGUGGUCACGGUGCUGGCCAGGGACGGCCGGGAGACAGAGGUCGUGAACAGGGACAGCCACUACAGCCCGCACUUCCAGGAGAUCCGCAUGUUGAGGAAGGUCGUGUCUGUCCACCCGGGAGACGUGCUCAUCACCUCCUGCACGUACAACACGGAAGACAGGAGGCUGGCCACCGUGGGCGGCUUCGGGAUCCUGGAGGAGAUGUGUGUCAACUACGUGCACUACUACCCCCAGACGCAGCUGGAGCUCUGCAAGAGCGCCGUGGACCCCGGCUUCCUGCAGAAGUAUUUCCACCUUGUGAACAGGUUCAACAGCGAGGAAGUCUGCACCUGCCCCCAGGCGUCUGUCCCCGAGCAGUUUGCCUCUGUGCCCUGGAACUCCUUCAACCGCGAGGUACUCAAGGCCCUGUACGGCUUUGCGCCCAUCUCCAUGCACUGCAACAAGUCCUCGGCCGUCCGCUUCCAGGGCGAGUGGGAUCGGCAGCCCCUGCCUGAGAUCGUAUCCAGGCUGGAAGAGCCCACCCCGCACUGCCCGGCCAGCCGAGCUCAGAGCCCCACUGGCCCCACUGUACUCAGCAUCGGGGAGGGCAAAGGUUGAGCAUGGGCGGUCCCCUCACUCCCGUCACCAUGCUGUCCCUGCGGGCUCAGGCUGGCUCUGUGCACCCCAUACUCUGUGAAGACCCCCAUGGAACAGCCCAGCAUGGAGGGCUGGACCAAGCCACCGCCUGAGACCAGGGUCCAGUCCAGCUUUCUCCCCCGGGGACCCCCUGCAUGGCUGAGAGGGUCCCGUGACCACUCUUGCUGACCCACCGAGGCCCAGGUGGACCGAGACCUUUGCCCACCCUCUGACACAGCAUGAGGGUAACCCCUCUUGGAGGUCUAGAGUCCAGUGCUCUGAGAGUCCACUGCCAUCUCGCUGGGGCUGGGCGGGGGGGCCCAUCUCCUGGGACACGAGCCACAGACUCCCGAGAGCUGCCCCGGCCCCGCGUCCCCAGCCCCCGCGGAGGGUGAUCGGUGUUGGCGUGUGACGGGUACAAGCGCUGUUGUACUUAAACGUGUCCCUGCAGACUGGCUCGUGUGUCGCAGUGGGCGUCUUCCCUGCCGAUGGGGGCAGGACAAACCGCUUAGCUAGUUAGAGACUCGCCUGGGAAAUUGCUCCAUUGCAGGGUAAAUAGAUAUUUUCGCCUACCUAAAGGGAAACCCUAAGAACAGCUCUCACCACCACCAAAAGGAUGCGACGGCAAGGAUCCAGACCAGGAUCUGGGUGCCAGCACCCUGGGAGAUGGGGUUGAUGGCCCGGGUCACUUCUCUCUGCGGUGGGACAGGUAGUGACAGCAAGCAAGCCCUGGAAUCAGACCCGCAUUAGAAGGCCGGCCCCGCCUCCCCGACCCUCGGUCUUCUCAUCUGCAAGACGGGGCCAGUGUUGCGCAGGUUACUAAGACGAUAAAGCUCAUGCCUGGGGCCAGCACCCGGCAACAGUUAGUGCAGGGUGGUGCUGCCUGUCCAGGCUCUGGCUCCUGGUCGUCUCCACCUUCCUUCCCUCUCAGCUGCCGCUUGUUUCAGGCCAAGUUCAGCUCUUUGAUAGUUGCUGCCUGGAGUGACAGAUUCAGUUCUGUUCAGCCAGUUCAGCAAAAUGCUGUGCAGCGUCUAGAGAGAGAGGGUGAUGGAUGGGCCUCUGGCCCCCCCUUACACCCCAACAGCCGCCUGCUAAGCGCCACUUCUCCCCCUGCCAGCACUUCAUUACAGGCCGGGCGCUGCGCACCGGGUCUUGUAAAUCACACUGCCCCUGCCAUGAGUCAGGCCGCGAUGCUGUGAGCUGCCAGGCCCGACAGAGGCUGCAGAGCGGCCAGCUCUCCGUCAUCUUUAGAGCCUCGGGGGACAGCAGAGCGCGAGGCCCCUCCCCGCAGGGCCCUGGCCUCAGGAGGGCAGCUGCAGCUCACCUAGCCAGUGGCCUUGACCGUCUGGUCCAGAAAGUCCCCUCCCUCUGAGGGGUCCCCGUCAGCCCGGAGCUCUGGGAGAGGGCUUGGAGGUGACCCCUGGCCUCACCCCCACCCAGCCCCUCCUGGGCACC